GGAAGUGCCAGUUGUAGCAACUUGCUGUAGCAAUUUUUUUGCAGAAGCUGCGAGUUUCAACCACAGGGGCGAUGACGAGCCACAGCGAGCAUGUCUUGCAACAGCUGUGCUCACAGCUGGAAUACGGUUUCCUGUGCGACUGCUCCAUUGCAGUGGGAGAUGUGCGUUUCCGGGCCCACCGCGUGGUGCUGGCGGCCUGCAGCUCCUACUUCCACAAGCUCUUUGUCAACCAGCCAGCGGACUCGUGCCUGGUGUCCCUCAGCUCCCAGGCUGUCAGCCCUGAUCACUUUGACCUGAUCCUGCAGCUGAUGUACACGGGCCACCUGGACUCGUCACCCGCAGACCUGGAGCGUUUCCGGGCCUCGCUGCGCUUCCUCAAGCUCUACAACGCCAGCCGAUUCCAACCCACGGUGGGGGAGAGGGAGUGCGAGGGAGACGGGCCUACCCACCAGGCCUCGGGCAAACCACUGGUGUUCGGGGUGCAGCUGUACCAGGACAAGGCGGUGGGACAGUCUCAGGCCCCGGCGACAAUCGACAGGCCCGUCUCAGUGAAGGCCGAGCUGCCCGACGAGGCAGCGGACCCUCAGGCCUACCUGUGCCACCACUGCGGCCUGGCCUUUGAGGAGCAGGCCGGCCUGAGGGAGCACCUGGGGCUCCACGCCGAGAGGCCUCUGCACUGCCCCCUGUGUGGCCUGGCCUUCGAGCAGGCCCCGGACCUGCAGGAGCACAUGUGCGAGUGUGUGAGACAGGGACGGCUGGUCAAGCGAGAGGAGGAGGAGAGGCCUAGCAGAGUGCUAGGCCCAAAGCCCAAGGUUGAGGAAGGCCCAGCGGCGGGGGGGAGCGCCGAAGAUCUGAGAGGCCUCAGGCCUUGGGGUCUGGAGGCAGGAGAGCCGGAGGCCGAGGGCUCAGUUGGCCGCAGGGCCUGGGGAGAGGCUGAGGACUAUGUCCUGGAGGAGGGCGAGGUGCGUUUCCCUGGAGACGACGACCUGGUGCUGGAGAACGCCACGGACGACUCGAUCAGCAGCUCGGAGAGCAGCGCGGAGGGCGAGGGCGAGGGCGAGGUCUCGGAGGGGAGCGACGAGGAGGCGAGAGCCGCAGCAGAAUCCUCCACUGUCGAUGCCCCCCCGGAUCCUCUCCUCUCCGUGCCCCCCCUCUCUUCCCCCUCCUCCGCCCCGGUGCCAGAGCCCCCUGUCCUGACGCCAGCCGAGGGCCGGCAGGCCUGCCAGGCUGCUCGCCGCAAGGGCAAGGCCUGGCGCUGCCGCACGUGCGAGGGGUGCUGCGAGGAGCGGGGCUGGGACCGCAGGAAGCGGAGACGCAGGAGGAGAGAGGAGGAGGAGGGAACGGCGGCCUCAUCUUCCCAGACCGCCCUGUCCUCCCGCACUACCCACCGCCAGGGGCCCCUCCCCAAGCACGCACGUGGCCCCGCGGAGGGCGGCCUGAGCACUCGGCUGGCCGGCCCGGCCUAUGCCAAGGCCUUCCCACGAGAGCUGCGCUUACAGCUGGCAGGCCGGAGCGGGGACGCCCGCUUUAAAUGCUCGGUGUGCGGGCACCGCAGCAGCAGGAAGUACGGGCACCUGGUCCACAUGGACACACACCUCUCGGCUGGCCAGGCCGUCUGCCAGGUGUGUUACGAGAUCCUGCCGGGCAAGGCCGAACUGCAGAGGCACCUGGAGAGCCACAUGUACCCGUGCGGGGUGUGUGGGGAGAAGUUCAGGCUGAAGAAGGACAUGGUUGCCCACGCCAUCACCUGCUGGUCCAGGAAGCUGCACGGCACUGAGCCAGGCCGGGCCGGGGCCAAGAACUGACCCAACCCAACUCCUGGGCCAGGGGAGGCUGCAGGCCGUGGAUGGGUGGCCCUUCUUCAAACUGAGUGUAGGUGGGGAAGAGAGAAGAUACCUGGACGAGUGCAGAGGCCGAACAAAGUGUGGCGGUGAUAGGUGAGGGGGGGGUGAUGAUAGGAAGAUAGUUAGAUCAAAGGACAAAGAUUAAAACAAAGGGUGAGAGACCGAAGAAUUGACGAGCCGAGCCCCCCCCCCCCCCCAUCUACAAUGUCUAAAGAAGGGUCCCGACCCAAAACGUCACCUAUCCUAGUGUCAGGCAGCAUCUUUGGAGGGAAUGGCAUGGGUGACAUUUCUUUAUACAUUCACAAGGUAUUUGUAAUGUAUAUUACAUAUACAUCACAGUAUUCAAGGUGUGUCUGCAUUAAAUUGCAUACAAAAAAAGGACACAGAGUGCUGGAGUAACUCAGUGGGUCAGGCAGCAUCUGUGAAGAACAUGGAUAGGUGACGUUUCGGGUAGGGACCCUUCCUCAGACCUCAUCUCUGGUCAGGACUCUUCUUCAGAUUGUCAAUGUAAAUUGUUCAUGUCUAGUUGCCCUUAAGGUGGGAAGAUGCCUUCUUGAACCAAAGACAAAGUGCUGGAGGAACUCAGCAUCUGUGCAGGGAAAUGGACAGGUGAUGUUUCAGGUUGGGGCCCUUCAUUGGGUUGAAAGUCGAGUAUGCAUUCCCUCCACAGAUGCUGCCUGACCAGCUGUGUUCCUCCAGCUCUUUGUGUUUUACUCAAGAUUCCAGCGUUUGCAGUUUUAAAAGAAACUGCAGAGAUGCUGCUUGACCCGCUGAGUUCCUCCAGUGCUCAUAUUUAUUGUGUUAAUUGGACUACAGCUACCAGUCGGGAAUUGAAACCUGACUGUUAGUAAAUGAUGUGGUAUCUGGCUCGCUGUUAGUCAGGGGUUCGAGUGUGCCUCAGAUGGAGCAGGGCUUACAGAUGCAGUCGGAUUUGGAAAUGCAAAGUGGGCUGGAAAGUGGAUUGGUUUGUCGCCAAGAGUCUUGGCUUAUUGUGACAAGUUGAAAUAAUUCAAGAUUAAACUCAGCGGGAACCUGUAAACCCACUGGAUUCACUGGAAAAUAUAUUGUACUACUGUGUAACGUAAAACAAAAUGUGAAAAGUGUGCUGGGAUAUUAAAGAUAGACGCAAAGUGCUGGAGUUACAGCGGAUCGGGCAAAGAUCGGUUACCGCAACAUUUUGCGUCCCAUCUUUGAUAUAAACCAGCAUCUGCAGUUCCUUUUAAUAAUAUGAGUUGGAGUAUUAAUGGAAGUAACAUUCAGUAAACCUGGACAAUCUUCAAGUCCGGUGCCAAUAAAGUCCUGAGAUUGCCAGAUUAUCAGAGUUUUUCUGUUUUGGGGAAUGCCAGACACAAGUGCCAUGUUUCCGCAAAAAAUGUUAAUCUGCCUUGAGCAACAAAGCAAUGUGCUGGAACAACUCAGUAGGUCAGACAGGCAACAUCUGUGGAGAGUAAUGGCGGCAGUGAUUUUACAUCAUAAGGUCAUAAGCGAUAGUGGUAGAAUUAGGCCAUUCGGCCCAUCAUUCAAGCAUGGCUGAUCUAUCCCUCCCUCCUCUCCCCAUGCUCCUGCCUUCUCCCCAUAACGUCGCAAUCAAAUGUACUAACCAGGAAUCUCCCUGUGAUGGCGUGGGUUUUCUCCAGGUGCUUCCCACACCCCAAAAAUAUACGGGUUUGUAGACUAAUUGGCUUGGUAAAAUUGUAAAUUGUCACUAGUGUGCUGGGAUAACAUAGAACUAGUGUGAUUGUUGAGGGUGGGCGAAAAGGCCUAUUUCAAUAGACAAUAGGUGCAGGAGUAGGCCAUUCGGCCCUUCGAGCCUGAUCAUCCCCAAUCAGUACCACGUUCCUGCCUUCCCCCCAUAUCCCCAUGACCGCUAUUUUUAAGAGCCCUAUCUAGCUCUCUCUUGAAUGCUCUCUCACUCUCCCAUGCUGUAUCUCCAAACUAAUCUUAUCAAGAGUUGGUGGGCAUUGGAGAAUGUGUGGAAUGGAUUGCAGAGGUAUAGGAGAACGAGAGGGGGGGAAUAAGACUGCAUCCCUGGGAUCAAACGUUGACCCAGUGGGCCAAAUGGUCAUCCAUUUCUAACAUCUGUCCAUUUCCUUCCACAGAUGUUAUCUAACUAAUUGAGUUACUCCAGCAGUUUGUUUUUCCUCAAGGUUCCAUCAUCUGCAGCCUCAUGUAUUAUCAGGGUAUCUCCCUGUGCAGUCACUGGUGUCUGUCAUGCAAUCUUGCAGUAGAUGGGUGUCUGAUGAUUCUUAACCAAGAGCAGGUUUAUGUUGCACUGAUUUGAAAAGGUUGUAUUUUAAAAAUGAUAUUUGUUUAUUGACCAGAGUUUUGUAAAUAAAUUGUUAAUUGGA